AAGUGCUUCUCAUGCAUUGUGACACGUAAGCAUCUCCUAGUUUCCUUCAAAAACCCAAAUCCCUUGGCUGCUCUACAACCGAGUAACAGGGUAAAAGUAAAGAAAUGGAAGCAUCAAGCGGCGUGGGUGCGGCCAGCGAGCAGCUAAUCGGGGCGGAAGACGACAGGAAGGGGAAGAAAAGGCCAAAUGAACCGUGGAACGGAAAGCUGGCCAAAAGCAUCGUGUACGGAGGGCUGGACGCCAUUGUUACAUGUUUCUCUCUCAUUGCUUCUAUUUCCGCUACCCGCCACUCUGCCGUGGAUGUUCUGGUGCUGGGAUUUGCCAACCUAAUAGCGGAUGGGAUAUCCAUGGGGUUCGGAGACUACGUGGCCACCACCACAGAGAGAGCUGUCACCGUGAAGGAGAGGGCGGCGACGGAGUGGGACAUCGACAACCGCCCUGAACAUCAGCAGCUCCUCCUCCUUCAACACUACCAGUCUCUCGGAAUGGACUUUCACGAUGCCUCUACAGUGGUGAACAUAAUGGCGAAGUACAAGCACAUAAUGGUAGAGGAGAAGAAAGGCGCGGCAGCUCCGCCAAAGGACAGCAAAGACCGUCCAUGGAAGAACGGGCUGGCGACGUUCGGAUCCUUUCUCGCGUUCGGCUGCAUCCCACUUCUCUCCUUCAUCCUCCUCAUUCCUUUCACCGAUAACGAGACCCUUAAGUUCGGUGGGGCUUGCAUUCUGGCCCUUCUUGCACUUGUGCUUCUAGGUGUCGCCCGAGCAAAGAUCGCCGCCGGAAACUAUGGCUUCUCCGUCGCCUUAACGGUGCUUAAUGGUGCGGUUGCGGCGGCAGCCGCCUACUCUCUCGGCUGGGCUCUAAGGAAUGUAGCUGGAGUCGAAGAGGAGACAGAGACUUAAA